GACGCCGCUGCGACGGUCGCGCAUUGAACAGAUCCUGACAACAAGCCAGACGACGUGGACGUGGAAGCCGCUUCAUUUGGCGCCACAUUAAAGUGCUACGACCGGAGUCCUCUCGCUGUCUCUCACUCACGCUGUUUGUGCAUAUUUGUGUGUGACUCAUAAACCUCAACAUAAGCAGAUCACGAGCUCAACCAAUUCGAAGACUUCUGCUUGGGCCACGACCAGAUUGACCGGAAGUUGCAUUAUAAGCACACGCCAAGUGGAACAAAGCAGCGCAACAAGAUGGCGGGCGGCGGCAGGACAGCCGGAAAAUACGGUUAUUCAGACAACAAUUAUUACAGUAGUCACUCGUACAAGAGCAUCAACGACGAAAUCAUAUUGGUCAGCAUUAUAAUGGGCAUUACGAUAAUCGUUCUGAUCACGAUUGCCCUGUGCUACAUUGCGUAUGAGAAAUGUCACAAGAAGCGUGAAUAUUUCAUCAACGCCUAACGGGCACACACCGCAAAACAAACGAAAAACAUAUAAAACUAAAACCGAAAAAUGAAAAAGGAAACGACACACAAAGGGGUAAAUGGCAAGGUCAAAUGUCAACAGGACAGCCGUGGCAGCAACUGCUGCUGCAACUGCAACAAUGUUGACGUUGACGCUUAAGUUGGUAAACGCGAGCGAUAGAGGCGAAGGCGAUGCGGGUUCAUUUUCAAGCCAGUAGCCGGCAGAAUUAAAGCACACACUUACACGCCCACACCCAAACACACACUCACACACACACACUCACGU